UUUUUGCUCCUCUGUGAGUUCCCUUCGUCCCUUUCUACGUACAUCUUUAGCUUAUUAUUUAAGCACUUCUAUCUCUUGUUUUAACCUUUCAUUUUAGAGGGUGGCUGAGACACGGGGAGGACGUUCCCCUCCCCCCAAACAUACACCUCUCCCUUCCCCCUCCCCCUUUCUUUUCUUUCCUCCUGGCCAUGCCGUCUCCUCCUGUACUCGGCUGCGGCCACUUGUGAGCUCAAUGCCCCCGCGCCUCCCCUGCCCCCCUCUCAGCACUACCUCCUCCCUUCCCACCCCCCCAUUAGGCAGCUUGUGUCUGGCGUCUGGAGAGCCCCCCCCCACCUCCCCCUCCCAGCACUGUCCAUUGGCUUGUCCUGGUCUCUUUUUCAUGUCCAGCCCCUGAUGUGUGUCCAUUGGUGUUAGCCUACCCUUCCCUCCUCCCCUUCUCUCCUGCUCGCCCUGCCCAUGUUUUGUAUGUCUCUGUCCAUCCAGGCUCCUGACGUUCAAGUUCGCAGGGACGUCACGUCCGCACUUGAACUUGCAGCUCAGGGGGGCUUUUGCCAUUUUUUUCAUCUCUCUCUCUCCCUCUCUCUCUCUCCCUCUCUCUCUCCCUCUAUCUCUCCUCUCUCUCUCUCUCUUUUUUUUUUUGCCCAAAAAAAAAAGCCAUGACGGCUCUCCCACAAUUCAUCUUCCCUGCGCCAUCUUUGUAUUAUUUCUAAUUUAUUUUGGAUGUCAAAAGGCACUGAUGAAGAUAUUUUCUCUGGAGUCUCCUUCUUUCUAACCCGGCUCUCCCGAUGUGAACCGAGCUGUAGUUCACCAGCCGCCGCCGCCGCCGCCGCCUCCUACUCCACAACCCACCAUGUCUCGCCGCAAGCAAGGCAAGCCCCAGCACUUAAGCAAACGGGAAUUCUCGCCCGAACCUCUUGAAGCCAUUCUUACGGAUGAUGAACCAGACCACGGCACGUUGGGAGCGCCAGAAGGGGACCAUGACCUUCUCACCUGUGGGCAAUGCCAGAUGAACUUCCCAUUGGGGGACAUUCUCAUUUUUAUUGAGCACAAACGGAAACAAUGCAAUGGCAGUCUCUGCUUAGAGAAAGCUGUGGAUAAGCCACCCUCACCUUCACCAGUCGAGAUGAAAAAGGCGUCCAAUCCUGUGGAGGUUGGCAUCCAGGUCACGCCAGAAGAUGACGAUUGUUUAUCAACGUCAUCUAGAGGAAUUUGCCCCAAACAGGAACAUAUAGCAGGUAAAGAUGAGCCCAGCAGCUACACAUGUACAACUUGCAAACAGCCAUUCACCAGUGCAUGGUUUCUCUUGCAACACGCACAGAACACUCACGGAUUAAGAAUCUACUUAGAAAGCGAACACGGAAGCCCCCUGACCCCGCGGGUUGGUAUCCCUUCAGGACUAGGUGCAGAGUGUUCCCAGCCACCACUUCAUGGGAUUCAUAUUGCAGACAGUAACCCCUUUAACCUGCUAAGAAUACCAGGAUCGGUAUCGAGAGAGGCUUCGGGUCUCGGCGAAGGGCGCUUUCCACCCACCCCCCCUUUGUUUAGUCCUCCACCGAGACAUCAUUUGGAUCCCCAUCGCAUAGAGCGCCUAGGGGCAGAAGAAAUGGCCCUGGCCACCCAUCACCCGAGUGCCUUUGACAGGGUGUUGCGGUUGAAUCCUAUGGCUAUGGAGCCUCCCGCUAUGGAUUUCUCUAGGAGACUUAGAGAGUUGGCAGGGAACACGUCUAGCCCACCGCUGUCCCCAAGCCGGCCCAGCCCUAUGCAAAGGUUACUGCAGCCAUUCCAGCCAGGUAGCAAGCCGCCCUUUCUAGCUACGCCCCCCCUCCCUCCUCUACAGUCUGCCCCUCCUCCCUCCCAGGCCCCAGUCAAGUCCAAGUCCUGCGAAUUCUGUGGGAAGACGUUCAAAUUCCAGAGCAACCUGGUAGUGCACCGGCGGAGCCACACGGGCGAGAAGCCCUACAAGUGCAACCUCUGCGACCACGCGUGCACCCAGGCCAGCAAGCUCAAGCGCCACAUGAAGACCCACAUGCACAAGUCGUCCCCCAUGACGGUCAAGUCCGACGACGGCCUGUCCACUGCCAGCUCCCCGGAGCCCGGGACCAGCGACCUGGUGGGCAGCGCCAGCAGCGCCCUCAAGUCGGUGGUGGCCAAGUUCAAGAGCGAGAACGACCCCAACAUGAUCCCGGAGAACGGGGACGAGGAGGAAGAGGAGGACGACGAGGAAGAGGAAGAAGAGGAGGAAGAGGAGGAGGAGGACCUGACGGAGAGCGAGAGGGUGGACUACGGCUUCGGCCUCAGCCUGGAGGCGGCCCGCCACCACGAGAACAACUCCCGGGCUGGCGAGGAGAACCGUUCCAUCCCCGACGUGAUGCAGGGCAUGGUACUGAGCUCCAUGCAGCACUUCAGCGAAGCCUUCCACCAGGUCCUGGGCGAGAAGCAUAAGCGAGGCCACCUGUCUGAGGCCGAGGUGCACAGGGACACUUGCGACGAAGACUCAGUCGCGGGCGAAUCCGACCGCAUAGACGAUGGCACCGUCAACGGACGCGGCUGCUCCCCGGGAGAGUCGGCGUCUGGGGGCCUGUCCAAAAAGCUGCUCCUGGGCAGCCCCAGCUCGCUGAGCCCUUUCUCCAAGCGCAUUAAGCUCGAGAAGGAGUUCGACCUGCCCGCCACCGCGAUGCCCAACACCGAAAACGUUUACUCCCAGUGGCUCGCCGGCUACGCGGCGUCCCGGCAGCUCAAAGACCCCUUCCUCAACUUCGGAGACUCCAGACAAUCGCCUUUUGCCUCGUCCUCAGAGCACUCGUCGGAGAACGGCAGCUUGCGCUUCUCCACGCCGCCCGGGGAGAUGGACGGAGGCAUUUCGGGCCGCAGCGGCACGGGAAGCGGUGGGAGCACUCCGCAUAUUAGUGGCCCGGGCCCUGGCAGGCCCAGCUCAAAAGAGGGCAGACGCAGCGACACUUGUGAGUACUGUGGGAAAGUCUUCAAGAACUGUAGCAAUCUCACUGUCCACAGGAGAAGCCACACGGGCGAAAGGCCUUAUAAAUGCGAGCUGUGCAACUAUGCCUGUGCGCAGAGUAGCAAACUCACCAGGCACAUGAAAACGCAUGGCCAGGUUCUUCACACACCCCCAUUCGGCGUAGUGCCCAGAGAGCUCAAGAUGUGUGGCAGUUUUCGGAUGGAAGCUCGAGAGCCCUUAAAUUCUGAGAAAAUUUGAUGCCCUUUCCCCCCACCCAAGGCAGGGUGGGAUGUCCUGCCGCCCAGCCGACAUCAGAGCGUGGUCCGUCAUCCUGCUAGUUUGUGAUGUUUUCUGACAGUAGCCUCCAAGAAGCCGUCGUGUGAAGACAGAGUCCUGCGGAGUCCUCCCCGUCUGGGCCUGCAGCGCCAUUUUAUUUAUAUUUUUUAAUAAAAAAACAAAAAAACAAAAAAACAAAAAACAUAAACAAACAAACAAACAAACAAAAAAACCCAGACCAGAAUCGCAUUGGAACAGUGAAUCAGUCCCAUGUUAUAGGGCCUACCAGCCGUCACUGUCUUUGGGUGACGGCCAAGCCCUCUUGAAACCAGCCAAUUUAAUUACCUGUACUGUGGAAAAAGAGCAUGAGCCCCCCAACCCAUUGUUUCUAUACAUUCUACGUUGUCUUUUAAAACUUGUGCUUAACAUUGACACAAUAAAUGUUGGAGCUUUA